GGGGCUAAAGGCGGAAGCACUGUGUGUUUCUGAACCGGAGCGUGCGGCCCUUGUGCUCGCGCGUAACAACUCGAGAGCUGUCAACUCUUUGGAGUUCAUAACUACUGAUCAAAUUUAAAUGAACUAGCUUGUUAAACACUAGCGAGCUUGUUUGAGCAGGAAUGGGAGCCAACAACAGCACGCGCCGCGUGUCUUUUGAGUCGGAUGAGAAUGAGAAUAUAACGGUAGUGAAGGGCAUAAGGCUCUCGGAGAAGGUCAUCGACCGCAUGAGAGAACCCUCAGGCCCACCACGGCCCCCCACCAGAACCCCUCCUGCUCCUCCUCCCGUGGUUGAUCCUCUGCCAGCACUGGUGCCAAUAUCUCCUCCACCUGACCCUGUCACUUCCCUUCCACCUUCUUCCUUGCCAGAGCGUGUCAAACUCCCUGAGCAAGUGACCACUACUGCACCUCCUCCACCACUAGCAGAGCCGGUCAUUUUCCCCCCACCUCCUCCUGAAUCAGUGGGUGCUGUAUCAGCCCCUGCAGGUGAGUCCAUUGCUCCACCUGCAGCCACAGCUGAGCUUAUAACAGCAUCUCCAACUGUGGAAAUAAUUGCUGAUUAUGUUGCCUCCCCUCCUGCUAUUGAGCUCUUCACACCUCCUCCUCCCCCCAUUCCUACCCAUCCUAUCACUAAAACCACUUCUGAACCCAUCUCUGCUCCACCUGUAGAAAUAACCACUCCCUCCCCUCCAGCUGAACUUGUCGCUGCUUUCGCUUCCGCUGCUGAAACUAUCCCACAGCCUCCUCUGUCUGUAGAAAAACCUGUGGCUUCUUCACCACCACCUCCUCCCGCCGUGCAUGAGUCUGAACUGAGAAGAAAGAUAGCUGAAGAGCUGCAGAAAGGCCUGGAGGAAGAGAGGAGAAAGGCACGGGAGGAGCUCAACCAACGGCUGGAAAAAGAAAAGUCCCAGGCGCAUGUUCAGGCACAGGCAGAAGCUCAAGCCCAGGUAAAGGACGAGGUGAGCAGGAUCCUCGCAUUAGAGAAAGAGCAGAGCAUCCAGAAAGCCAUACUGAGAGAAAGAAUCACCGCCGACGAUGAAAGACUGCAAACUCAGAUAUAUCAGAUGGAGAGAAAGGCUAGACAGUUAGAGGAGAGAGACAAAGAGCUCCGGAAGCAGGACGCAUUCUACAGAGAACAAGUGGCCAAGCUAAAGGAAAGGAGUGCCCAGUUCUACAAGGUUACAGAUGAAAACUAUCACAAGGCAGCAGACGAGGUCAACGCCAAGUUUAAGCGAUAUGAAAUUAGUCCAGUGUGCACCGACCUUCAGGGGCAGAUUCUGAAUUGCUACAGAGAAAAUGCUGGAAAAACUCUGCUGUGCUCCAACAUCGCCUCUCGAUACAUGCAGUGUGUCAACAGUGCAAAACAGGACAAGUUGAGGACUGGAGGUUAAGUCUCUGAGCAGGAAGAGUGGAAGUUUGUAUCUGUGAUCUCACCGUUUAUCGACUGUUGCCAAGGAAAGACGCCACCCAGAGACACACCUGAGCAGACCUGAAGCAGAAUCUGCAGUGAAUUGAGAGCUAGAUACCCCUGAACCUUCCUUUUUUCCUAUUCCCUUUUCCCAUCACUUUUACCUUUCUACCUCCUUCCUGUUAUUUCACCUUUAUCCAGUAAAGGGGAAACUGGUAUCCAUUUCUGAAAUGGACAGAAUCAGUAAGCAGCGUCGAUCAUACAGUAGGUGGAACUCUAAGGUUCUGAGCACCUGAACCAGAAUAGCACACAGUGAAGAGAACCGAACUAGACACCAAAUAUUGUCCACACUAGGCCAAUCUAGACCCAACCACAACAGAAUCCCAGAACUCUGAGUUGGUUCUAGAUUUGGUCGGUCUGGUUUCGUAGCGUCAUUUAUCCUGUGAUCCACCCUGCUAACCCACCACAAUCCUCCAUCACACUUCCCAUUGCACUAGUCACAUCCUCCAGCUGUUCGUUGUGUUUUUGCGUGUGAUGUUCAUUACCGUUUUUUUGUCUCGUAGUUCACACAAAAAGGUCAGGCCUGAUCCCCUGAUCUGCUUUAAAGAAUAAACAAUUCAAACCCUAA